CGUAAAGAAACACCACUUUAGCAGUGGGCUUUAUAAUUCUCUACAGGGAGUGAGUGCUCUCAUCCUAGCUAACUGACAGUGAAAAAGGGUUCUUACAGAGGUCCUAUUGGUGGUUACUUUUACAGGACACAUUUAUGGGGCGUAAGUAAGCAGAUUCAACAAGAGCUAAAAACUUGUCGAAACCAUUUGUAGACAAGAUAGCUUAACAUUAGAAGUCUAGUGUCAUCACUAUCCAAGGACAUGGUCUUGCCGGGAACAGGAUUACCACGGUAUAGACUGUGAUGGAUAGCGACCUAAGCGGAGACGCCACCACUGGAUCUGCAAUUUCACUGGAGAUGAGCAUCAUGGGAAGGUUCCUGUUUUGGAUCUCUCUGUAGGACUGAGCCUAUGAGUGAGCCACUAUGGGGGACUGGAACUUGUUGGGCAAGCUGUUGGAGAGUGCCCAGGAACACUCCACUGUAGUGGGCAAGGUCUGGCUGACCGUGCUCUUCAUCUUCAGGAUCCUGGUGUUGGGAGCUGCAGCUGAGAAGGUGUGGGGUGACGAGCAGUCUGGCUUCACCUGCGACACCAAGCAGCCUGGUUGUCAGAAUGUCUGCUAUGACAAGACUUUCCCCAUCUCUCACAUCCGCUUCUGGGUGCUGCAGAUCAUCUUCGUGUCCACGCCCACUCUGAUCUACCUGGGCCACAUCCUGCACCUGGUGCGCAUGGAGGAGAAACAGAAGCAGAAGGAGAAAGACUUGGCUGCGCAGCUGGCCAUCCACAAUGACAAGCAGCAGCUGCUGCCCGACACUAAGCCCAAAAAGCCCCCAGUCCGGGACGAUCAGGGCCGCAUCCGCCUGCGUGGGGUCCUGCUGCGCACCUAUGUCUUCAACAUCAUCUUCAAGACCCUGUUUGAGGUGGGAUUUAUCGUAGCUCAGUACCUGCUGUAUGGGUUUGAGCUGAAGCCACUGUACACCUGUAACCGCUCACCCUGCCCCAACGUGGUGAACUGCUACAUCUCCAGGCCCACAGAAAAGACAAUCUUCAUCCUCUUCAUGCUGGCAGUGGCGUUCAUCUCGCUGCUACUGAAUCUAGUCGAGAUGUAUCACCUGGGGUUCACCAAGUGCCGCCAGGGCCUCCGGUAUAGACGUGCCCAGUCCACAUUUGAGGCAGGGUACAAGGCCCCCAGCGAGGCAGUAGUGCCCUUUGUCCCGAACUAUAACUACUUCCCCAGGCACCACCCAGCCCCUGAGCCCUACCAUGCAGACGAGUACAUCUUGACUGAGCCUGACACUGCCUACCACCCCUACAGCAGCAAAGUGGCUUACAAGCAGAACAGAGACAACCUGGCCGUAGAGAGGAACAGUAAACCAGAAGGGGGUGACACCACAGAAAAUAAAGGUUCCAGUUCUGCUCCGGGGUCGCCUGCAGAGAACCAACGACGACCAAGUCGAUCCAGCAAGCACAGCAAUAAUAAGACCAGACUAGACGAUCUAAAGAUCUGAGGGACAGUUAUGGCUUAUUUCCACCACAGGGUUUUAUACAGUGGCUUGGCCUACAGAUCUAAACUUUUGUGUUUCCACCUGAGGUGGCAGAAAAAAAGUAUUGGGCCUUGGACCUAAUCUGACUUGGUGCCAGAAUUGGAACCCGAGUGGCUGUCGGAGAUGCAUUAAAGCUGGAAUUCUUAAUGGUGAAA